AUGGACUUGCUGUCUGGAACAUUCCUUUUGGCAGUCUUAAUUGCCUGCAUAGUGUAUGAGUCUGGUGCUCAAGAGAAGAACUACAUAGUACGAGAAGAACUGCCAGAAAAUUUUUUGAUUGGAAACUUACUGAGGGACCUUAACCUUACAUUAGACCCUGAUAUAUCACUUUCUACUCCUCUUAAGUUUAAAUUGGUAUAUAAAACAGGAGAUGUUCCGUUGGUACGUGUUGAAGAGAACACUGGUGAAAUAUUCACCACCUCGAAUCGCAUAGACAGAGAAAAACUGUGCUCUGGCAUUUUCACAGAAAAUAAGUGUUUUUAUGAAGUUGAAGUUGCAGUUCUGCCAGAUGAGGUCUUCAGACUUGUUAAGAUACGUUUCUUAAUUGAGGAUAUCAAUGACAAUUCUCCACUAUUCCCCUCUACAGUCAUCAAUAUCUCCAUUCCAGAGAACACCGCUGUAAACUCUCGCUAUUCUGUGCCAUCUGCCAUCGAUCCAGAUGUGGGCAUGAAUGGCAUUCAGCAUUAUGAGCUCCUUAAGGGUCAAAAUGUAUUUGGACUUGAUGUAAUUGAAACUCCUGAAGGAGACAAAUGGCCUCAACUUAUUGUCCAGCAAAGUUUGGAUAGAGAGCAAAAAGAUACUUACGUCAUGAAGAUUAAAGUUGAGGAUGGUGGAAAUCCGGCACGAUCUAGCACUGCUAUUCUACAAGUGACAGUUACUGAUGUUAAUGAUAAUCGUCCUGUCUUUAAGGAAAAAGACAUUGAAGUGAAUAUUCCUGAAAAUUCUGCAGUGGGAACAUCAGUGACUCAGCUCCACGCAACUGAUGCUGACCUUGGUUCAAAUGCAAAAAUCCACUUUUACUUUGGCAAUCAGAUAUCGAAUCUAGCCAAGAGACUAUUUGCAAUCGAUAACAACACAGGGUUAAUUACUGUCAAGGAGCCUUUGGACAGAGAGGAGUCACUUUUCCAUAAACUGACUGUGUUGGCAAGCGAUGGCAGCUCAACUCCAUCUAGAGCUACCGUAUAUGUAAACAUCACUGAUAUAAAUGACAACAUCCCAUCUAUUGACACCCGGUACAUAAUAAAUCCUGUGAAUGGUACUGUUUUACUAUCUGAAAAGUCUCCACUAAAUACAAAAAUAGCUUUGAUAACAGUCACGGACAAGGAUGCUGAUCUGAAUGGCAAAGUAUCUUGCUUUACUGAUCAUGAUGUACCAUUUAGACUAAAGCCAGUUUUUGACAAUCAGUUUCUUUUAGAGACAGCAGCACCUUUGGAUUUUGAGACUACAAGGGAAUAUGCAAUCAAAAUUGUUGCCUCUGAUUCUGGAAAGCCUCCAUUAAAUCAGUCUGCAAUGUUGCUCAUUAAAAUAAAAGAUGAAAAUGACAAUGCUCCUAUUUUCACAAUGCCAAUGAUUGGUCUUUCUUUCAUUGAAAACAACACCCCUGGGACUGAGCUUACCAAAAUAAGCGCAACAGAUGCAGACAGUGGUCGCAAUGCGGAGAUAAGUUAUAUCCUAGGCCCCAAUGCACCAACGAUUUUCAAUCUUGAUAGGCGCACAGGAAUUCUCACUGCUGUAAGGAAACUGGACAGGGAGAAACAAGACAGGUAUACGUUUGCAGUAAUUGCAAAGGAUAAUGGGAAUCCUUCUCUACAGACCAAUACCACUGUUACAUUGUCAGUUCUUGACCAAAAUGACAAUAGUCCUUCAUUCACUCACAAUGAGUACAACUUUUAUGUCCCAGAAAACCUUCCAAUGUAUGGUACAGUAGGACUUAUAACAGUAACUGAUGCCGAUUUAGGAGAGAAUGCAGCAGUGACUCUAUCACUUAUCAAUGCCAAGGAAAAUUUUUUGAUUGAUCCUCUGACUGGCGUCAUCAGACCAAAUAUAACAUUUGACAGAGAGCAGCAAGGUUCAUAUAGUUUUCAGGUAAAAGCUGUAGAUAAGGGAAAUCCACAAAAAUCAUCAACUGUAAAGGUCACAAUAAUUGUUGAAGAUGUGAAUGACAACAAACCUGUAUUUGUUAUGCCUUCUACUAAUUAUUCAUAUGACUUAGUUCCAACAUUAACAAACCCAGGGACUGUUAUAGCUAGAGCCUUUGCAUUUGAUAACGACACAGGUAUAAAUGCAGACCUACGUUACAGCAUCAUAGGAGGGAACAUGAAAGGUUUGUUUGCAAUUGAUGAGAAAACUGGAAAUAUUACCUUAAAGGAGAAAGUGAUUCCUGGAGAUCAUGGCCUUCAUCGUCUGGUUAUAAAAGUAAAUGAUUCAGGAAGACCAGAGCCUUUUCACACAAUUGCUCUUGUGCAUUUAUUUGUAAAUGAAACAAUAACCAAUGGAUCUUAUAUUCAAGAACUCAUACGUAAAAAUAUGGAAACACCUGUGGGUCAAAACAUUGGAGAUGGGGAGAUAACGCCACAGACCAACGACUAUGUAAAGAUUAUCAUUGCUAUUAUUGCAGGGACAAUGACAGUGAUCCUCGUUAUCUUUGUCACGGCUUUGGUUCGGUGUCGUCAAACACCACGACACAAGGUUGUGCAAAAGAGCAAACAGAGUGGAGAGUGGGUUUCCCCCAACACUGAAAACAGACAAAUUAAGAAAAAGAAGAAGAAAAAGAAGCGUUCUCCAAAAAACCUCCUACUAAAUUUUGUUACAAUUGAAGAAUCCAAAUCAGAGGAUCCUGCUCAUGAGCAUAUUAAUGGUACUUUGGACAUUCCAGUGGAAUUGGAAGAACAGACUAUGGGAAAAUACAACUGGGCCACUACACCGACAACUUUCAAGCCAGACAGUCCUGAUUUGGCCAAGCACUACAAAUCUGCAUCCCCACAGCCUACAUUCCAGAUUAAACCGGAGACUCCGGUUCCUCCCAAGAAGCAUCACGUCAUUCAGGAGCUGCCCCUAGACAAUACAUUUGUGGUGGGUUGUGACUCAUUGUCUAAAUGCUCUUCAAGUAGCUCAGAUCCUUAUAGCGUCUCUGAAUGCAGCUGUCAAGGAGGCUUUAAGGCACCUGGGCCGAUCCACACAAGACAGCCCUUACGCUUUCACUGGAUUCUUGAUAAUGCAGCAUCAGUUAAUGUUGGACAGCCUACAGCAGUGUCCUGAUCACUGUAUGCUGUCUUGCUCUGAGAACGUCAUCGCAUCUGAGGUCAUGUACUGAAGUCGUUUGCGUACACAAUGGUGUUCAACGCGCAAACAUGGAAACAGCACGAGAAAGCCAAUUCUCCUGUCUGAAGACUUUUAUCAUCUGAUCUCCAGAAGGUUUUUCGAAGUUGUGAUGACCCAUUUCAAGUCAACCCUACUGAAAGGUAUCCGGAGCAAGAUUACCUUAUUCAAUGGACAACAAACUGUAAAACCUUGUGAUAUAGCUUAGACAUGGAAACCAAGAUAGAAUUACAAUAAGAACUGUUCCCGUCACUCAUUUGGAGGGAUGGUUAUAAAUAAAAUAGAUAACUGUUUCCAAAUAUUGCUUGUAUAUUCAUUCUCUGCUUCAUUGCUUUUUUUUUUAUUUAUUUGUAUUUAUGUAAUAUCUGUUUAUCAAUAAAUAUUGAAUUAGGGAGCAAUAAAACAUGCAUAGUUAAAAAACA